AUGCUGCCCCUCCGUGUACUACCAUUCAUCGCUGCAGGCGGUUACGCCUCCCAAUUACGCUUCUACAGCGAGGGGAAGCCAACUGAAGGACACAGAAAGAUCAACCUGGACGAUGAUGAGAGGUGGAUCGAGGCGGAGUUCGACGAAAAACUUCGGUCUCCAGAAGAACGAUAUGCACUCGAACGACAGCGCGAGACAAUGAAGGGACUCAUCAAGAAAAUACGCAACGAACACAAACAGCACAUGCACGAAUCUGUACGCGAGAGGGACGCUCAAAUUGACAACCUCAAAGAGCAAAUACAGACAAUGGAAAAGAAACUACAGCAGUUAACGAACGAGAAGCAAUAG